GGAAAUGGUCGGCGGGGGAGGUGAUGAAGAAUUGAAAAAAAAGUCAAACCUCCUUUUAACCCACAGAAUAAAUACGGAAAGGCUGUUUGAAUCAUUUUAAUAGCUGUAAGACGGAUCCUCCGUCUCAAAACCCCUGAGGAAGGCAGUAAAGCAUUUCCUCCCACCUCCCCCCACACCGAAACAGAGAUGAGAAAACCGGCGCUGGGCAGGCAGCUUCUUCUUUCAGGGUCUUGAGGAGGACGAAGGUGGUAGUUGUGGUGUUGGUGGGGGGGGGGCGACGAUCGCUGAAUGGAGUCGGUGAAACCCGAGUGAGCACAGAAAAGGGGAGAGAUCGUUGUGUUUUUGUUCAUUUAUCUGACCGAAUACACACCAGCUUUAGAGAAGGACACCUACAUUUAACAGCACAGAAUGGCGGAAAACGAUGUUGACAAUGAGCUCUUGGACUACGAGGAUGACGAGGUCGAGAACCAAGCAGCCGGUGACGCCUCGGAGGUGCCGCUGAAGAAGGAUGUGAAGGGCUCGUAUGUGUCUAUACACAGUUCUGGGUUCCGAGACUUCCUGCUGAAACCAGAGUUACUGCGCGCCAUUGUCGACUGUGGUUUUGAGCACCCCUCUGAAGUACAACAUGAGUGCAUUCCCCAAGCAAUUCUGGGCAUGGAUGUCUUGUGCCAGGCCAAGUCUGGCAUGGGAAAAACAGCAGUGUUUGUCUUGGCUACUCUUCAACAACUGGAACCUGUCACCGGACAAAUUUCAGUCCUGGUGAUGUGCCACACUCGAGAACUGGCAUUCCAAAUCAGCAAGGAAUACGAACGGUUCUCCAAAUACAUGCCAAGCGUGAAGGUUGCGGUGUUUUUUGGUGGGCUCUCCAUUAAGAAGGACGAGGAGUUGUUGAAGAAGAACUGCCCGCACAUUGUGGUGGGCACCCCUGGCAGGAUCCUGGCACUGGCUCGCAACAAGUCUCUGAACCUUAAACACAUCAAGCACUUCAUCCUGGACGAGUGUGACAAGAUGCUCGAGCAGCUUGACAUGCGUCGAGACGUCCAGGAGAUCUUUCGCAUGACUCCUCAUGAGAAACAGGUCAUGAUGUUUAGUGCCACCUUAAGCAAGGAGAUCCGCCCCGUCUGUCGCAAGUUCAUGCAAGACCCGAUGGAGAUCUUUGUGGACGACGAAACCAAGCUGACCCUGCACGGGCUGCAGCAGUACUACGUGAAGCUGAAAGACAACGAGAAGAACCGCAAGCUUUUCGACCUGCUGGAUGUUCUGGAGUUCAACCAGGUGGUUAUUUUUGUGAAGUCAGUGCAGAGGUGCAUCGCCUUGGCACAGCUCCUAGUUGAGCAGAACUUCCCUGCCAUAGCCAUUCACCGGGGCAUGCCUCAGGAGGAGAGAUUAUCUCGAUACCAGCAGUUCAAGGAUUUCCAGCGGCGGAUACUGGUCGCCACCAAUUUAUUUGGCCGUGGGAUGGACAUUGAGCGGGUCAACAUUGUAUUUAACUAUGAUAUGCCAGAGGAUUCUGACACCUACUUACACAGGGUGGCCAGAGCUGGCCGUUUCGGUACCAAGGGACUGGCUAUCACGUUCGUGUCGGAUGAGAAUGACGCCAAGAUCCUCAAUGACGUGCAGGACAGGUUUGAAGUGAACAUCAGCGAGCUGCCUGACGAGAUUGACAUUUCUUCAUACAGAGCUGGAACAUUAAAAUCUCUGUACAGUGCUGUGGUGGUGCCACUUCUGGGUGAGAUGUUAAACAGAGGCACUGCCCACAUUCUCAGGAGGAUAAACGAGCCCUUCAACAGUGCAGCAAACUUUGUUUUAACCGGUACCUUAUGAAGUGGCACUCUCGAUAAACCAGGAAAAAAUUAUAUACCUCAAAUACUGCAAAGUUAUUACGAUCUCAGCGAUGUCCAAGUAGUCAGUUGAGGGUGUGAGUGGGAAAGGUCUCUUCUGGUAAGUUUUAUUUCACUUGCAUUAUUGUUUGUGAUUUAUGGCAUGAAUAAAGGAGAACAGCGAUGUGUAUACCCCCUUGCAUUACUUCUCUUGAUAAAGGAGCAGCGCUCUG